CCGGGACGCGUUCGCAGACGCGGUGCCAAACGGGGACGGCAGCGCCGGGGCCGGGUUUCCCGGGACGGCGGCGCCGGGCGGCGUUGCUGCCGGGGAGGGCGAUGAGGCGGUCCUCCCGAUACAGAGCAGCGUCCAUGCCGAGGAGGGGGAGAAGGACUGGGAGAAGUUGCCAAAGCAGGACGAGAACGCGGCUAGCUUAAUGAGGGACUCGCCCUUGCCGGCGGACCUGGACUGGAUAGACGCGGGCUUGGUGCGGCAGUACGAGGAGAUGGGCAUGCCCGGGUCGACGGAGACGUCCCAGGUUCAUCCGUAUUACUUCACUAUGGCGAUGGCGGAACUGGCGAAGGAGAGAGGUGUCGACAUCCGGUUAAUGGCCAAGGUCACCCAGAUCAACCAUACAAAGACCGAGGUCCAGAGCGUCGAGUACGAGGAUCGGGAAUCCCAGAGCAGCCGGAUAAUCGACGGGGUCACGGAUGUCGUCGUCACGGCGGGUCCGUGGACGGGGAAGAUGCUGCCGCGGACCCGCAUCGAGGGCCUGAGGGCGCAUAGCGUCGUGUUCAGCGCCAACGUUAGUCCCUACGCCGUGUUUACCGACAUAAGUCUCCCUACAGAGUGGGCGCCAGAGCAUCGGGCGAGAAAAGGCCAGAGGAGAAAGCACAGGGGGAACGUCGAUCCGGAAAUCUACGCUCGGCCGGGGGGUGAAGUCUACGCUUGCGGCGAACCCGACAGGACCAUCCCCCUCCCGGAGACAGCCGACCUCGUGCAGACGGACGAGGCGCAGUGCGACGACCUGGUAGCCUAUAUCGGCACCGUGUCCCCGCAGCUCGCGGCCGCGCCGGUCAAGACGAAGCAGGCCUGCUACCUCCCGCGGCACGUCCGGACCCGCGAGGAGGACAACCCACUCAUUGGCCCCACCACCGUGCCGGGGCUGUGGGUCGCCAGUGGCCACACCUGCUGGGGCGUCCAGAACGGGCCCGGGACGGGCUGCCUCAUGGCCGAGAUGCUGCUCGACGGCCGGACGACGAGCGCCAAUAUCGAGAAGCUGGAUCCGCGCAAGUUUAGGGUGUGAGGCGGAGUUUCUUGCUUUUUUUUCUCCUUCCCGUUUUUCUUUUCUUUUUCGCAGCGGAGCUUGUGUCAGAAGAGCGGAGGUGUUGGGGGGGUGGGGGGGUCCAGGGGUGCUGCUGGGCCGC